AUGGCUUUUUGUCUGGAAUGUUCUGAAGCAGAUGUGGAUAUGCUAUUGUACCUGAAAGAGACAAGAGGAAGUGAGAGGACAGGGACACUGUUGAAUCUACUGGCUAUUCUUUCCCGCUUCCGAUGUGUCUACAAUGACUGGAUAUCUGCCAGUCAGGAUGGGGCAUUUCUUUUUUCCCUUGAAGAAGCCGAACUACACCAGCAAUACAUGAGGUUUCACCAGGUAUUGUGGGAAAAGGUGUAUCGUAGCACAGAGUUCUUGGUGCAUGAACCAGGUGCACCAGAGACCUUGGGUGAUUUGGGUGCCAACUUCACCAUCCUUCUCUUUGAGUACCAGGGUGAACAACCCAAGGACUUGGACCUGAACACCCUAACAGUCUUUCAUCGAUUCUCAGGUGUCAUGCCAGUGUCUACAGUCCCUUACCAUGUGGCAGUGCGCUACCUGAAUGUUCUGCUGGAAGAGAGUUUUCUGGCAAAGAUUCAGGAUGGAGAAGCUGAGUCUUAUGAGCGUCUCAUUGUCCAGGCAUGGCUUCGGGCCCUCAUCUUUCACAGUCCUCGGGAUGGGGUAGUCGCACAGUCACUAGAGGACCUCACUCAUCGUCUCUUCUCUCAAUUACCCUCUCUCCAUGGCAACAUUCUGCAGCUCUCUGAUUUACAGGAACAAGAUUGGAUUGCUUUUCUUGUUGCCCUUGGAUAUGGAUAUCAGAUCUAUGAAACGGAGGGAGAACAAGUGCAUUACAAGGCUCUGGUCCUUUCCUACCUGGGUCCUCUGGACAAACAUCUAAGAAUUCGGGUUCAUUCCCCUGAUCUUGACUGGGCACAGGUUCACCAUGUCCUCUCCCAACUUGUCUUCUCAUGUGGACCCCUCAUCUAUGAUGCUGACAAAGAUUGCCUCCUGUCCAGUUUGUCUGCUUUGGUCAUUUUGCCACCUUCAGUCUAUGAUCUUGCACGGCCUCUUGCUUUACCUGUCCUUGAAGCCCUUCGUACUCACCUGGCCAUGGAAUGCCUACUUGAGGAAGAAGGCUUACAGGAGUACCUGAAUACAGCCAUUUUGGAGACUCAUCUCUCUCAAAAAGACAAGCAUCCAAUCAUCUCUGGGAGUAGUUCAUUAUCGUCAGCACUCCGCCCAACAGUUGAACCGCUCUCUCAGGCCCUGAACUUCCUCCAUGAGAGCCUGGAGUCAUACAAAGGAGAGCUGAAGUGGCGAUCCAUCACAAAGGCAGCUGGUGUCCUAGCCUCCCCUCUCCUGCUACUCCUUGUCUACACUGAGAACCUUCCACUGAAGCGGGUUGCCAAUGUCAUUGUACAGAUGUUCCUCACUGCUGCCACCCCUUCAUCCCCUCUCUUCCAGACAAUGAGAGACAUUGUGCUGAAGGUGACACAAUGUCACCUAGGGUUUCGUACUGAUGGCACCUUCCGCCUUCUUGAGGUCCUGUGUUGUGUCCAUCCUACCCUGAUGACCUCCGUCUUUCCUCAGAUCUCCAUCAUCAUCUCAGAACUUGAGGAGAAGCGUCAAGUCAAGCAGGAUCGGGUGCUUCGGGAGGGUGAAGCCAAGUUGAAGACUGCACUGCAGCGAAACACAUGA